GAAUCUACGUCGGUAGUCACAUGUCCUCUUUUACUGUACAUCUGCACUCAGACCUACACACGCAGACCGUACAGUAACUCACACGCCGUACAACUAUGACUUCGCUGGCGAUUCUGAUCCUGCCGUUACUGUGUCUGCAACUAGCAGCUGCGCAGACGGACGUUUCUCGCUGUCCCAUCAAUCUAAAGCGAGGACCUACCCUGCAGAGUUUUGAAGAGCAAUGCUACAUGUUUGAAAUCCACCACCACAGAGAUUGGGCACACGCCAACAAUGACUGUGUCGCCAAGGGUGGUGUCCUUCUGACCCUCCACUCAUCGACGGAGCAGAACUUCAUAAUGUCUACUCUAGGGUCUCUCAACUUCGCAGGCAACGGUGUGUGGCUCGGACUCACGGACCAAACCACCGAGGGAUCCUUUAUCUGGGCUGAUGGGAGUCCUGUAGAUUAUACGUACUGGGCUAGCGGACAGCCGGCCGGACUGGGAGGUAUUGCCGCAGCGCAGGAGGACUGCACCCUGAUGAAAUACCGUGACUCGGGGCACUGGCACGACUACCCGUGUUCCGCUGUCUUGUUCUUUCCCGAGGACUACGGUUGGAUUUGCAAAUUUAACAUGCUUCCAGCAGCGACAACAACGCAAGAACCCGUUGCGCUUCCUAAAACGCAAGCACCUAUUGUGACUCCUACACCAAGCGAAAGUGUAGUUGUUUAAUGUAUCAGAAUAGAUCGAUGUGACGUCAGAAAUACAUGGACUGUUUUUGUUUUG